AUGCUAUUGAUUGUGGGUUGGACAUCCCUCUUGCUAACGCUGCUUCAUGUGAGCAUCCCGACCGCUGCUAAUGGGGGUGGCGGCGUCUCGAACUCUUGCAAUCUGACCAAAUUUUGCGGCAUUGCGUGCUUUGAACCCGAGAUUGAAGGGUGCUGCAACGGCACAAUCUUCUCGCUUGUGGUCCGUCAAUUCCCCAUCCCCCGCUUGCGUCGCCAGUCAUGCUGCCUAGCUGUGGACGGCACGGCGUAUGUCUCGUCGUUCUGUCCGAUGUUAUAUCGCCCUCUGAUGAACGCAACGUCGCCCCCCGUUCAGGUGAUCAUUGCGCCCCCGUUUGUGAUUGCCAUCAGCACCAAUGUGUCGGGUCGAGCCGGCAACAACUUGACGGCGCCUUAUGGAACCUCCAACACGACCGUACUGCCCCCGUUGAUGUCUCAGGCGACGACGGCGUCCCCCACUGCGACCACCCCUACUCCAACAACUGUCUCGCCCCCUGCUACCCCAGUGACGACCGCGCCUGAAGCGACCACUGCCGAGACAACAACUGUGGCCCCUUCCCCCAUUCGCUUGGCUACAGCCACUAAAACGCCUACGCCGACACCUACGCUAAACAAUGGGUACACAGAACCUGGGCGUUUGUUUGCGUUCGCGUGGUGCGUUGGAAUGGUCGUGGCCACCGCUUCUGUAGCGUAA